AUGACUGGGAACCGUCGAGCUGCCCCGGCCUCACCAGGCACCCCAGCUCUCCCAACCCACUUGCCAAAUGCAACAGCCACUCCAAGCCAAAAGCAAUCUGGAGGCCACAGUCACAACAAGUUCAUGAAUGACGUGCACAGCAUCCCCAUGCCAUCAUGGUCUGUUGCUGCCCUCUGCAUCGUGAGUUUGUGUGUGGUGCUGUCAUGUGCUGUGUGUGUGUGGAAGAAGUGCUUGAAAAAGAAGGACAAGGACAAAGAAAAGGACAAGAAAAAGGAAAAAGAGAAGAGCAACGGAGGCCUUGACACUGAAAUGGAUGGAGGUUACAGCGAGCCGCUGAAAGAUGAAGGUAACACAAAAACAGAGUUGUCAAAUAAUGAGCCCAAGGACGAGGAGAAGCUGGGCAAACUACAUUUUACAUUAGACUACAACUUCACAGAUAAUACGCUGAUAGUUGGCAUCUUGCAGGCUGCUGAACUUCCUGCGAUGGAUGUGGGCGGUAGUUCUGACCCCUAUGUUAAACUCUAUCUGCUCCCGGACAAAAAGAAAAAGUUUGAAACCAAAGUUCACAGGAAGACUCUUGAACCUACCUUCAAUGAGACUUUCACAUUUAAGGUACCAUACACUGAGCUGGGCGGGAAGAUACUGGUGAUGACCGUGUAUGACUUUGACCGUUUCUCAAAACACGAUGCCAUUGGAGCUGUGAAGAUACUGAUGAGCAGUGUGGACUUCAGCCAGUCUCUGCAGGAGUGGAGGGAUCUGCAGAAGGCGGAGAAGGAGGAGAGUGAGCGGCUUGGAGACAUAUGUUUGUCCUUGAGGUAUGUGCCUUCUGCCGGGAAGCUGACGGUGGUCAUUUUGGAGGCCAAAAACCUGAAGAAAAUGGAUGUGGGUGGAUUAUCAGACCCUUAUGCGAAGAUCCACUUAAUGCAGAAUGGGAAAAGACUCAAGAAAAAGAAAACAACGACAAAGAAGCACACAUUAAACCCUUACUACAACGAGUCGUUCAGCUUUGAAGUGGCAUGUGAACAGAUAGAGAAGGUGCAGAUAGCGGUGACCGUGUUGGACUAUGAUAAGAUUGGAAAGAAUGAUGCCAUUGGGAAAGUGCUGCUGGGCAAUAACAGCACUGGAACUGAGCAAUGCCACUGGGAAGAUAUGCUGGCAAACCCUCGGAGGCCAAUAGCCCAAUGGCAUAGCCUCAAACUGGAGGAUGAAAUCGACGCCCUAAUUUCUAACAAGAAGUGA